AUGUGUUGCUACUUUACAGUUUGUCCUGUUCCGAGGAAUAAAGAAGAAGAGGCGUUUAUUAAAGAGCGGGAAAGAAACAGAGAACUAAUGGAAGAAAUCGCCAGAGAAAUUGAAAUGACGUGCCUAGGUAAGUUAAAAAAUAUCAAUGAAUAACAAUAAUAAAAACUUUGAAUGAGCAAGUCCUUCCGAGCGAAUUGAAAGCCCUUUUGAAUAGUUUAACCCUUUGGGACAAUUGGGUGUGUCCAAUAUGGAACAAUACAGAUUUUGCAUUUCUAAAGCCACUUACCCUUUUAGUUUAACCCAUUUAGUUGUUAAGCAGCGAAUCCAGAAAGUUAUAGAUACAUACACUAUCUACAGGCGGCCAUUUUGACUCCUGAAGGAAAUAACCCACCCAGCACAGGAAAGGUUGCCCACACCACCGGGGUUUACAUCUAACACUCUUUCGAGUGUAAAGUGGUGUGGAUUCAUUUAGGUCACACAAGUACCACUGUCACUGUCGGAACUACGAGACCUACGGUUUUUCUUCCUUAUCCGGGAAGACUACAAAGUCUAACCAUUUUCAGAUGUCAUUACGAAGGCAGCUGGCUUUCUUCUUAGUUAUUUAAAGACCCCGACUGUUGGUCCGGCAGGGGUUUAAACCCGCAAACUCCCGCUCAGCAGACCAGCACUCUCCCGACUGAGCCAACCAGAUUGCGGAGGUUACAAAACUUGGAACACUGCUAGCUUAUUAGAGAAAUGCUGACUAAUCUUGUGACAGUUUUAGACAAUCAUUUUGGGCAAAAAUCCACUGCAAAUCUCGGUAUUUGCUACUACUCUUCCCAGUUUGAAUUUCCCUUAAUCCGGAAAACUAAAUAGCCCAAUUCCGUGAGGAGAAAGGCUAUAUUAGUUAGACUAGAUAUAUGUAUAGAAUAAAAGAGAAAACAAGAAAGCUCCCGUUUAUGCUAUUUUUUUUUUUCUAAAAACGCACAAAAUUUUCCGACUUGGAAUUUAAUGGUACCAAUUUAGAUAAACUAUUUCUAGUCCAUGAGCCAUUUUGUGAGAAGUGGGUAAAAAUACAAUAUUUGUAGCAACCCCUCAUGGGAAAUUGUUAUGUUGUUAUUAAAUGAAAACUUAGGGUGCGCUAAAUUGUUUGGAGUAUUGAUACCAACGUUUUCUCAAUGAAUUUUAAUCGACGGAUCAUGAUGUCAGUUGUUCGUGCUUACAGGAGCAAACGUUUAAGUCUAGGAAAUUCUUGUAACUAACUUUAAUUUACUUGCUGAUUUGUAGACGAGUGUGAAGCAGGACUACAUAACUGCCACGAUGAUGCAUACUGCACCAACACCAAGCGUUCCUUCACGUGUACUUGCAAACCAGGAUAUACUGGGGACGGCGUCAACUGUGCAGGUAACAUAAUAUGGAGCUGAAACGAACAGGAUUUUAUCUUAAGUCAUAUGCUAUUCCAUGCCAAAAAUAAUACAGCCAAAUAGAAAGGUAGAAACCUGUUUUCAUAUUCAGUCAGUGGUAUAUAUGUCACAGGUUGUAUCUACGAAAAGAAUUUUGGCCUUAGUACGUGUAAAGUUGUCGCCUCUAAUUUUCCGACAUAAAUCAAUAGCAACUGAAAUAAUUUGAAUUGCCAAAAAAAAGUAUAUUUAAAGCCAACGCUGCAAUGUACGUAUGUUAAUACAGCAAAAAGGCAACAUUUGUAUUCUUGCUUUCAAAAAAAGUAAUAAUAAUAACUGCCACAAUUUAACUGGUCGAGCUCGAACUGUAUCCGCAAUAUAGCACACAGGCUUAGUGCCAGUUAGGCUGGGGAAACAAAAAGUGCGGCCAGCAUAUGUCUGGGACAGGAAACACCGAGCUCCAAGGCUUAGAGACAGAAAAACUUGGGAUCUAUCUUUGACAUAACGAGAUCAUCUUCACUAAUAUAUCUAACAAGGCACGAAGGCUAAUAGCCAGCUAGGCUGUUAGAAACGGUUAGGGCGCAGCAUUUAAGGUGAACAGGAGUUUAUCAAGAUUGUGGCUGGGGGUCUGUAGCAUUGCCAAUUUGACUACGUUAAUCGUUGACUUAUGUCGCCACUUAAGAGCGCUCCUGGGACAGCUGACAUAAGCGUACAUUAAGACUAAAUACAUAAGAUAAGGAACAGGUGAAAAACGGCGCUCACCGUAGAAAUAAACAAAAGAAAUGAUAAAGUUCAGAAAACUGGCAGAGCUAAGCUACCAACAGAAAUAAAUGCGGCCAGAAAAGGAAACCUGCCCAAAACUCCACGAAGGGAAAAAAGGGGGCGGGAAAUGUUGAUAGGAACCAAGCGCCAAGCUCAAAGACGUUUCUACGCGACCUUAAAAGUUAAUCGAAAAAGGCCGCUCCUAAAAUAAACGAAAAAAUUAAGAAAACCAAAGAAAGGUUGUUUCAGAAGGCGAGAUGACGUACACGCGAUAUUGAUACGUAUAGCCUUUUAUACUCCCGGCAUGGACAAGGACUUUAUUUAUACCUGACACACAGAAAAAAAUACAUUAACAAACUACUUAUGUAAGGUACAAGCCUUCUAUAGCUAAAAAGAUAAUAUAGCUAGGAGGCACUAUAGUGGAGCGAAGCGCGCGCAGCGGAGCACCAUGGGUAAUAAAAAUCGUGAGAUUUUUAGAAACAUUCAGACGGACCGUUUCUUGAAUUAAAACUGAAGUGUUGUUUUUUACAUGUUCCUCUUCGAAUUGCUAUUCAUUUUCUCAUUCAUUACUAGCCAUUCAAGAAUUUUGCAGUGUGUAGAAUUCAAGAAUUUCUGCAGUUUUGCAGUGUGUGGCAUGCUGCUCGUUUUCCAUAAUUUGUUCCCUGAUUACAGCUGAAUACCGUUUAAAUUAAGUUUACUGCGCUUGUUCUCAGUUGUUUGUUUACGGCUCUAUAUUCUCACUGAAAAAGUGAGCUUAUCUAAAAAAUGAAAGAGUUUUCCUCUAUUCUAAAACGGACAGACUCGUCGGCUUUUCGAGCUCGAGUUUGUCUUUUUUUUUUAAUGAAAAAAGUUUUAAGUUGCUGUAUUAAGUUUAUAUUUGUAGUGAAAGAUUGGAUUAUAGUUAUAAGUAGCGAAAAAGGUUAUCGUUUGCUUUCUAUGUCUGUGCUCAGAGAAAAUAUUAUACAUGUUACGGUAAAAUUUUCUUUCAGAUAUUGUGCGGGUAUAAAUGUAAAGGCUACACACAAGCUGUUCGUCCGGGCCCGUUUAAAAAAAAAAAGAAGAAAAGAAAAGAAAAUAUAAUGGGCUUACGGGAAGACAAAAGUCCUUAAGUCGGCCUGAUUAUCCUUUUAGGUAUUCCCUUAAACACAGACACACCGACCCUAGAAAUCGUAACCUGUAAGUUGCUGCCACCAAGAGACCUACAAUUUAACAAUUUUUUUCAAUUCAGGUUUGUUUGCGGGAUGUUUUUUCAUAAUCAUUUAGUCCCUCUCUCUAAAGAUGUCUGAUGCUGAAGGCUCUGAGGGAUGUGAAGAUCUCUUUUUUUUUUUUUUUUUUUUUGGCUUAGAGUACAUGUUAUUACUUUAAUUUGAUUUCUUUUAUCUUAAGUAUAGAAACGGAGGCUUCGCUUUUAGCCCUGGCUAAAUCUAUACAUUAGAUUAAUUAAGAAUUUUUAAGAGGUUGUUUCAUGGAGGCACAAGUAGAAAACAAUAUAAAAAAAAACGAACAAUAACCAAACAAAGAAAAGAAAAGAAAAGAAAACAUAUGCACAGACUUCAAUGACUGAAAAAUUGCUGAAGUGGAGAAAAAUAUUAUUGGCGAGAAAGAACUUACUAUGAACUGGUGCCCCUGGCCUCACACCCAGGUCCUGUUGUAUCUCGUGCCGUCAAAAUAGUUACUUCUUAUUUUUAGCUGGCUCAUUCGUCAUAAAUAACAUAACUUGCAACAUGUAAAACUUUGGAUAAUCAUUUGUCACUGAUUUUAUCUGGGAUUUUGUUAUAAGUGGCAUGAAUUGAAUUAUAGUUCACUCCAACUUCUUUAUUUCCAAAACUGCAGAUUAAGAUAUUCGUGCAAUAUUCCUACUACUCAAAAGCAUUCCAUUACUAUCCAUCAUUCAAUAGGCAUAAGAAUCGAAAUGAUUCAGUUUGAUAAUUCAGCAUUAAAUAUUGAUUUUCAGACAUAAACGAGUGUAAAACAGACAAACACAACUGUGACGUUACUAGCAAAGUGUGCCAUAACACUAUAGGAUCCUUCGGGUGUGCUUGCAAGGAAGGUUAUUUUGAAGAUGGAGAAGAUAAAUGUAAAGGUAACACUUCAAGAUCCCUUAAU